UGGUCUGUCUGAGGUCAGUCACGUGGUGGCCUGCAAGUUUCCGUGUUUACAGAGAGCUCACUCUGGCAGGACGGCGUUGAGUUUCUAAGAAGAUGGUGUGCAGCCAUGGCAUUUUUAAAGACGAAAGAACGAUCUAAAGAAAGAUUCUCUCUGUUGUUGCUGGAUUUGGAGGAAUACUAUUUUGAACAGCACACUGCGCACCAAGUGACUGCCAACUCAGCUAAGGAGAGAAAGAUAAGGGGAUCAUUCAAGGUGUGUUCCAAGUCAAUCAUAUUUGACCCAGAAGAUAUCACAGAGCCAAUUUUAAAGAUCCCCCUCCGAGACUGUAAAUGCAUCGAGGUUGUGGAGAAAGAGCGUAACCCUUUCAAUGAGACCAAGCCACCUUCCAUCUCUAUUUCAUGUGGACAGGUCUGCUACAUCAAAGAGAGCAAUGUCAUAGCACCUUACAGAAUUGAGAGGGGAGGACAGAGUUUGACCUUUCAGUUGGAAGUCUGGAAUAAAACGGAGGAUGUUGUCCAAAUAUUACUUCAGCUCCACAGGGCUUCCUGUCUGGAAAAGCUCGGAGACCAGACCGCCAUGAUUGAGGCCAAUUUACAGUCACGACUGGCAAGAUCAUCAUUUGACAAAAACAGUUUUCAGAGCGUUGCUGAGAAGCCUCACAUGGAGUGUGCGGUGGAGAUGGUCAUGCCUCUGGUGUCCAACCCCGGCCAUGUCUGCAUAACAGAUGAAAACCUCUACUUCCAGCCACUCAACGGCUAUCCGGAGCAGGUGAUUCAAAUCAGGCUCCACAGGAUCAGGCGGAUCUACAAAAGAAGGCAUGGCCUCAGACCGCUGGGUCUUGAGGUGUUCUGUACUGAGAACGACUCCUGCUCUGACAUUUACCUGAAGUUUUACAACACUGCAGACCGAGAUGAAGUCUAUUACUACAUCGCCACUUUCCUAGAGAACCACGUGACGGAGCACACAGCAGAGAGUUACAUGCUGCAGUGGCAGCGUGGCCAUCUCAGUAACUAUCAGUAUCUCCUGCACCUCAACAACCUGGCCGACCGCAGCUGCAAUGACCUCUCCCAGUAUCCCGUCUUCCCCUGGGUCAUCGCCGACUACACCAGCACACAGCUGGAUAUGACAAACUCUGCCACAUUCAGAGACCUGAGCAAGCCAGUGGGAGCCCUGAACAAAGAGCGACUAGAGAGACUACUGGCCCGCUACAGAGGCAUGCCUGAACCCUGUUUCAUGUAUGGAAGUCACUACUCAUCUCCAGGCUAUGUCCUCUUUUACCUGGUCAGAGUUGCUCCAGAGCACAUGCUGUGUCUCCAGACUGGCCGCUACGACCACGCAGAUCGGAUGUUCAACAGCAUAGGUGAAACAUGGAAGAAUUGCUUAGAGGGAGCAACUGAUUUCAAAGAGUUGAUUCCAGAGUUUUAUGGAAAUGACUCCAGCUUCCUGGAAAACAGACUGAAUCUUAAUUUGGGGCGGAGGCAGAAUGGAAGCUGCGUUGGGGAUGUUGUUCUCCCACCGUGGGCCUCAGAUGCUGAUGACUUUCUUCAAAAGAAUAAAAUAGCACUGGAGAGUCAGUUUGUAUCAGAGCACCUUCACGAGUGGAUUGAUCUGGUGUUUGGCUUCAAACAGAGAGGAAGUGAAGCUGUGGCAGCCCAUAAUGUGUUUCAUCCAUUGACUUAUGAAGGCGGCAUUGACUGUGAUAGCAUUGAGGACCCAGACCAGAGAAUCGCCAUGCUGACCCAGAUCCUGGAGUUUGGCCAGACACCCAAACAGCUGUUUACCAGCCCUCACCCUCAGAGGAUCACACCCCGCUUUCACAAUAUAACACGAAGCCCCAGCAUCAACACGCCACUCAGCGAGCUGUCCCCAGCUUCUCCUAGUGAGGACUCGUCGUUUGAAGACCUGACUGAGGAGAGCAGGAAAUUGGCCUGGUCAAACAUGGGCAAUCUGAAACUCCUGUCCAGCCACAAAAUACAUAAAGAGGCUGUGACAGGCAUUGCUGUGACUCGAGAUGGAGCAGCCGUUUUCUCCACAUCACAAGAUUCAACAUUAAAAAUGUUUUCCAAAGAGCUGAGUGACUUCCAGAGGAGCAUGUCCUUCUCCAACAUGGCAUUAUCAUCAUGCCUGAUGCUGCCAGAUGAUAAAACAGUGGCUUGCUCUUCGUGGGACAACAAUGUCUAUUUCUAUUCCAUACCGUUUGGCAGGCGGCAGGACACGCUGAUGGGGCAUGACGAUGCGGUCAGUGAAAUGUGCUGGUAUGAUGACCGCUUGUACACAGCAUCCUGGGAUUCCACCGUCAAGGUUUGGCAGCGUGCAUCUGAUAAUACAUCAAGUCAAAAGAGAUCCCAGUUUCAGCUGCUGGCUGAGUUCGAACAUGACGCUGGGGUGAACACUAUUGGUCUGAAUCCAGCGGGAACUCUCCUGGUAUCAGGUUGUAAAGAUGGCACCGCCACCAUCUGGGACACCGGUAACUAUGGGAUACUGCAGCAAGUCCACUGCCACGCUGGAACCAUCCACCACAUGGCCUUUAGCCCCGAUAGCAGACACGUUCUCAGUGUCGGUGCCGACUCCUGUCUGAAGGUUAUUGACGUCCAGACGGGCAUGAUGAUCUCAUCUGUGAAGGCUGAGGAGGAGCAGAAGUGUUUCUGCUGGGACGGGAACACAGCACUAUGUGGGGGGCAGUCUGGUGACCUCCUAAUCUGGGACCUGCUCAGCAACACAGUUACCAAGAGGAUCCCCGGACACUCAGGUGCUGUUACAGCCAUGUGGAUGAAUGAGCAGUGCACCACGGUCGUCACGGGGGGAGACGACAAACAAAUCAUCUUCUGGAAGCUCCAGUGUUAGAACAGCUGUCUCUGCAUAUAAUCAACCUGCUGUGGAAAACCAAGGGAUUCCAUGGCAACAUAAAGGACAAAAUAGGCCAAGUAUUUUCAAGACUGCAUGACACAACUAUCUGACUUUGCAUAGACUUAUUAAAUAAUCUUCAAGAGCCCAAACUUACUGUACAUGUACAGUAUCACCUGGACCUGUUGGAGGGGGUGACAGUCAAACUUCUGCUUUCAAUCAGAAACCAAAAACAAAUUAUACAUAGUCAUGUUACAUAUCAUUGGUAUCUAGAGACUAAUGGGCCUUUUCGCUGUUGAGCUUAAAAUAGGUCAAGAACAUGAACUAUAUGUUCACUUUGUUUUUCACUUCUGUUUUUUAUGGCCCAUAUGGCUGUUUGUGUGUUUUGUUUUUCAGAUUUGUCAGUCAUGUUAUUCUGCUUUUUAAAUUGUCAAUCAUG